CCUGGCCUCUGGAAUGAAGUUCCCCAUGAGAUCUGAACAGCCUCCACCUUGCUGGUGUUUUGAAGGAGCCUGAAAACCUGGCUCACCCAGGCCUUUGUAGCUGAGAUACCAUGAUGGAUAAUCGUUUUGCUACUGCUCUGGUAAUUGCCUGCGUGCUCAGCCUUAUCUCCACCAUCUACUUGGCAGCCUCAAUUGGCACAGAUUUUUGGUUUGAGUAUCGUAACCCAUCACCUCCUGAAAAUAACAGUGAAAGUAAAGCCACUUGGGAUGAACUUUUUGGUGAAAAUGCAGAUGAAAACUCUUACACAGAAGCUCUCUUUCGAUGGAAUGGCACCAUUGGGCUGUGGCGGAGGUGUAUCACAAUGUCUGAAAACUCUCAUUGGUACAAUUCACCAGGUUUCAAUCAAUUCCUUCCAAACCUCAACACCACCAGAAGUAAAACAGGUGAGAUGGUCACAAAAUGUGUCAGCUUUUCUCUUUCGGAUCAAUUCAUGGAAAAAUACAAAGAUCCUGGGAAUCAUAAUAGUGGCAUUGACCUGAACCGAACCUAUCUCUGGCGCUUUCAGUUUCUCCUGCCUUUUGUCAGUUUAGGACUCAUGUGUUUUGGGGCACUUAUUGGGGUCUGUGCUUGUGCUUGCCACAGUCUCUAUCCUGCCAUUGCCACUGGAGUUCUCCACUUCCUAGCUGGUUUGUGCACACUGGGUUCAGUUGGCUGCUAUGUAGCUGGAAUUGAGCUGCUCCAUAAGAAACUACCUCCUCCUCCUGUGCAAGGCCAGUUUGGCUGGUCCUUCUGUCUGGCUUGUGUCUCAGCACCUCUGCAGUUUAUGGCCGCUGCCCUUUUCAUCUGGGCUGCGCGCACAAACAGGAAAGAAUUCACACUUCUGAAAGCAUACCGUGUGGCAUAAUAAGAUCCUCAUCUUUCCCCAAGUCUCUUUCUUUAACCUCCUUGCUGUUUUUAUUAGUCAUUUAUCUGUUUUGCAGAAUGCAUGCUUCUAAUCACUUGUAAUGAAAUGGCUUGGAGGGCUUAACAUUAAGAGACCUGGAGGCUGGAUUACGAGAAAUUGCUUUUUCUUGCCAGAGAUCUAUAGGAUUUCAGCACAUUUUUAAAAUACAUCCAACAUACUUAUUUUUUCACAUCUAAACCUGAUCUGUAAAGCAAACUAAGAGGAUACUUUAGGAGGUUAAAGGUCUUGAUUAAACUAAUAUGGACAAUAUGUGUAUCAGAUAAGCCAAGACAAGAUUUUUCACAACGGUAGCUAUGAAGCCUCCUCUGAAGAUUGUGAUAAUAGUUUUGUUCCCCUCUUCACACCUAUCAUUAUGCCUUUUCCCAUCUAUUCUGUCCAGAUGGUUGUAAAAUGGUUGACAACUGUGGAAUUUUUAAAUCUUGUGAAAUGAUUGUCAAGAUUGUCUGUGGUUUUUUUCUCUCUUCUAAUAGAAACAUCCAUUAUGAGUUUUACUUUCUAAUUUGACAAAUAUAACUGUAUAUAAAUCUUUUUAAAUACUUUAUUUAUGCAAUGCUACAUUUUGUAGAAGUAUUAUUCACGUCACCUAGACGAACAAUUUUGUUGGAAGAAAAUAAAUCUGAGCUAAGGCUCAUUAAUUUUACUGGACUUGUAUGUGACUGAUGAUAGAAGAAAAUGCAUGUGAUAAAACAGUUCAUUAUAAUGCACUAAUUAAAAUCUUGACAUCCAUCCUUUUCCUUUUCAAAUCAUAUAACAUGUAUAGGGGAAAAAUGAAGAAUUCAAACUAUAAAACCUAGAUUAAAAAGAAAAGAUACACAUUGAUAAGAAACUUACCCAAUGCUUCCAACUUGACAUUGUCAAUAUUUGUAUCAUAAUUUUUACAAAUUGAUACAUGUAGGUUGUAUCUUGCAAAAACUAUGUUCAGCCUUGCAGCUCCCAGUUAAAGUAUCCUUUUUUUUUUUAAUACGGAAAGCAUAUGUGUGUAUGCGUGUGCAGUCAGACUUAAAAAAUACAAUGUGGGAGGAAAAGGGAGAGAUACAAUUAUUCCUUCUCAUGAAAGAAUUUGAAAAUGUUACUCAUACGUUUCAAAUACAUUUUCACAGACAUCUUACAGCAGUUGGCUUUGUAAGUACUCUGACAGCAAAGAGAGAAUGCUGUUACAGUUUGCACUCUGGGAAGAUUUGAUUUACCUUGCAAACAAGUGUCUGACUCUCAUAGUAAAUGAGUGGCAGCCCCAUUUAGCUCUUUAGAGAAAAAGCAAGAUUAUCGAUUAAAAAAAUUGAGUUUAAACUGAAUUAUAGUGAAGAGUAUUGCAUUGGCCUCUUAUUUUUAUUAGUUGAAACCUACUGUGUUUUUAAUUGUCAGAAGUUUAUCCUCCCUUACUCCAAAGUAGUUGAGAUUAAUAAUUUGCCUACCUUAUACUCCUCUAGCCUGAGGCACACAGCUAAUAAGUAUGAGUGUAUGUGUUGGAAAAAUAUUGCUUUGCUGUGUUCUAGAACAGGUUUACGUUCAUUUGAAUAUAAUGAGUGUAGGCAGAACAGGAAUGGGCAGUUUGUUUAGAAAAAGAAAGCAGCUCAGAAUAUUAUAAGUAUUGAAAGUCCUUGGAUGUUAAAUAUAUAUUUUCUAUGCAAGCUGAGCAUUUUUAUCAUAUAUUUUCCCUCAAAACCAUAGAAAAUAAGGCUGUACAGUACUUUGAUUGGAAGGGUUCCUUCAGCAAUCAAAAAUUCAAUCAUGUUGUGUUGCUUAAAGCAUGCUGAAGAGUACUCAUUUCAGGUUUGCAUGUCCCAAACCAUAAACAGCCUUUUCUCACAGCAACUUCCUGCCAAUUGAAAUGAAAGAACAGAUGCUAAAGAACAUGUCAGAACUUAUAAUGUGUUAGUACUACCAUCUGUUGGCAGUUUAUAACAUUGGAGGCAUUACUUAUCAUUCAACCCUCAAAGAUUUCUGUGUAAUAUAUUUCUUUUUUCUGCUUUUUGCAAGUUUAAGGUUUUUUUUAGUACUGGAGUGUAUUUAUGCCUAGAAAUGUAUAACUAAAACUGUUGCUUAUACAGGUAGUCCCCAGUUUAAGAAUGAGUUCCAUUCCCAAGGUCUGUCCUUAAAUCAAAUUCGUA